UCCCAUUCCCAUUCCCAAUCCCCAUUCCCAAUGGGAAUUCUCUGGAAUUCUCUCCCGCAGGGCUCAGUGGUGGUGGAACGCGUGUGGCCGGUGCCAGAUCCCCAUUCCCAAUCCCCAUUCCCAAUCCCAUUCCCCCUGGGAAUUCCCUGGAAUUCUCUGGAAUUCUCUCCCGCAGGGCUCGGUGGUGGUGGAGCGCGUGUGGCCGGUGCCAGAUCCCCAUUCCCACUGGGAAUUCCCAAUCCCAUUCCCAAUCCCAUUCCCAAUCCCCAUUCCCAAUCCCAUUCCCAAUCCCCAUUCCCCCUGGGAAUUCUCUGGAAUUCUCUCCCGCAGGGCUCGGUGGUGGUGGAGCGCGUGUGGCCGGUGCCAGAUCCCCAUUCCCCCUGGGAAUUCCCUGGAAUUCCCUGGAAUUCUCUCCCGCAGGGCUCGGUGGUGGUGGAGCGCGUGUGGCCGGUGCCGCUGGCCCGGCUGGGAGCGGCUCCCCGGUUACACCCGCGCCGGCACCGCGUCUUCCGCCUGGUGCGGGACGGGAAGCACCUGCCCCGUUCCCGCAUGGAGCUGCUCCUGACCCGCUCCGUGCAGGGCGUGGGGCGCCGUGGGGACGUGGUGAGCGUGGGGCGGCGCCUGGGCAGGAACCGGCUGCUCCCGCAGGGCCUGGCCGUGUACCCGAGCCCGGAGAACCUGCGGGUGUUCCAGGAUCAGGAGAAGGUCAGCGCCUCCCGGAACCUUCCGGAACCUUCUGGAACCUUCCUGAACCUUCCUAAACCUUCCUGAACCUCCCAGAACCUUCCUGAACCUUCUGGAACCUCCCGGAACCUUCUGGAACCUUCCUGAACCUUUCCAAACCUUCCCGAACCUCCCAGAACCUUCCAAACCUUCCUGAACCUUCCUGAACCUCCCAGAACCUUCCAAACCUUCCUGAACCUUCCAAACCUUCCGGAACCUUCCUGAACCUUCCGGAACCUUCUGGAACCUUCCCAAACCUCCCAGAACCUUCCAAACUUUCCCAAACCUUUCCAAACCUUUCAAACCUUCCUGAACCUUCCAGAACCUUCCUGAACCUUCCAAACCUUCCCGAACCUUCCAGAACCUUCCAAACCUUCCUGAACCUUCCGAACCUUCCUGAACCUUCCUGAACCUUCCUGAACCUCCCAGAACCUUCUGGAACCUUCCUGAACCUUCCGGAACCUUCCAAACCUUCCUGAACCUUCUGGAACCUUCCUGAACCUCCCAGAACCUUCCAAACCUUCCUGAACCUUCCUGAACCUUCCAAACCUUCCUGAACCUUCCAAACCUUCCUGAACCUUCCUGAACCUUCCGGAACCUUCCUGAACCAUCCAGAACCUUCCGGAACCUUCCAAACCUUCCUGAACCUUUCCAAACCUUCCCAACCUUCCCAAACAUUUCCAAACCAUCCGGAAUCUUCCUGAACCUUUCGGAACCUUCCAAACCUUCCAAACCUUCCUGAACCUUCCUGAACCUUCCCAAACCUUCCCAAACCUAUC